UAUCACUAAAUAAGAGAACUUAAAAUAAUCCCAUAAACGAACACACGUUAAAAGCCCUUUUAAGACAUCGUCCCCUCCUAUCACUUUCUCGACCUCAUUUCUCUCUCUCUCUAAAAAUAGACCCUCUAUCUCUCUCCCCUCUUGCAAGCAUCACAUGCUCUCGUUAAUCACAACGUCUGGCUGCUGUACAUCCUGGUCAACAUCGCGUUUUUCUUAUUUUGAGCGAUUCGUAUUCGCUCCAUAAUUUGAUGCCAAGCGAAGUAUUUUUUAUUUGCUACCAAGGACAAGGGUACGAUCUCUAGACCGGGUGAUGUCGGAGAUCGAAGGUGAAUUCAGCAAUGUGUUGCCGGCGGCCGGCGAGUCUACUCCGGAGAUCCUGCUGUUCCAGAAGUACGAGCUCGGAAAAUUGCUCGGAUACGGAGCAUUCGCUAAGGUGUACCAUGCGAGGAACGUACGGACGGGACAGAGCGUCGCGAUCAAGGCAGUGAGCAAGAAGAAUAUCCUCAAAGGAGGGUUCACGGCGCACGUUAAGAGAGAGAUCUCAAUCAUGCGCCGGCUGCACCACCCUCACAUCGUCCGCCUCUUUGAGGUCCUCGCCACCAAGACCAAGAUCUACUUCGUCAUGGAAUUCGCCAAAGGUGGCGAGCUCUUCGCCAAGGUCGCCAAAGGACGGUUCAGCGAAGAUCUCAGCCGUCGGUACUUCCAGCAACUGAUCUCCGCCGUCGGAUAUUGUCACUCCCACGGCGUCUAUCACCGAGAUCUGAAACCGGAGAACCUCCUCCUCGACGAGAAUUGGGACUUGAAGGUCACCGACUUCGGCCUCAGCGCGGUGACGGAUCAGGUCCGACCUGACGGACUCCUCCACACGCUGUGCGGCACCCCGGCCUACGUGGCCCCGGAGAUCCUCGCGAAGAAAGGUUAUGAUGGUGCGAAGGUGGACGUCUGGUCAUGCGGCGUCAUUCUCUUCGUGUUGAACGCCGGUUACCUACCGUUCAACGAUCGGAACCUCAUGGUGAUGUACAAAAAGAUUUACAAAGGUGAAUUCCGGUGCCCGAAAUGGACGUCUCCUGAUUUGAAACGCUUCAUUUCCCGCCUUCUCGACACGAAUCCCGAGACUCGGAUCACCGUGGACCAGAUGACCGAGGAUCCGUGGUUCAGAAAGGGAUACGAACCGAUCAAAUUCCACUCAGACGAUUUUGAAUUCAAAAUUCAUGACGAGGAUGAGAAGUUCCUGAACGCUUUCGAUAUAAUCUCCUUCUCGUCCGGUGUCGAUUUAUCCGGUUUAUUCAGUGAAUCCGAUUUUUCGUUGAGAGGUGAAAGGUUCGUAUCGGAGGAGUCGCCGGACGGAAUUACCGAGAAAAUGGAGCAGUUUGGUAAGAGGGAGGAGUUGACGGUGACGAAGAAGAAAGAUUGGGGAGUGAAGUUGGAAGGGCAGAAUGGUCAUUUUGUUGCUAUGGUAGAAAUUUACCGGUUAACAGAGAAGCUGGUCGUGGUAGAGAUUAAAAGGCGAGAGAGUGAGGUUGGACCCAGCACAGAAAUUUGGAAAGAUAAACUCAUGCCACAACUUAACGCUCUGAUUUAUGAACCUGUUACCGGUGAUUAACUCAAAAAUUAUAAUUAUAAUUUAGUGAUCGAACUAGAUAAUUAGUUCUACCGUGUCUGUACUAUAGUGAUUUGAUCACUUUUUCUUUUUCUUUUUCUUCUUUUUAUUUUUUAUUUUUUAUUUUUUAUUUUUUAUAGUGAUAUGGUGACCGUACAACAAUUAUUUAAGUUUGGAAUAUUUAGAUCACUUAAUUAUAAUUUUCCCAAAUUAAAGGCUCAGAGAACAGCAAAUCCCUGUAUCGUACAUUUAUCUAUGCCAGAAAAAUUCAGGUUUUGCCUCGUUCAACACUGUAAAUCAGCUCCGUUUUAGGCCAAAUUGUGACCUCUGCGUUUUGUUGUUAUUAUUAUUAUUUUUUAAGUAAACAUUAUUCGUUAGUAAA